CGGAGUACAGAAACAGGCUCUUCUUGUGCCAGCGUCCUCAGUGGCACCCCGGGCAGUGGCGGAGACAGCACAGCGGCGUGAUGUUGGGCAUGAUAAAGAACUCCUUGUUUGGGACCCAGGAGACCUGGCCCUGGCAGGUCCUGAGCACUGGGGGGAAGGAAGAGGUGACUUAUGAAGAAAGGGCCUGCGAAGGUGGAAAGUUUGCUACUGUAGAAGUGACCGAUAAGUCCUUAGAUGAAGCCUUAAAGGAAGCAAUGCCAAAAGUUUUGAAAUAUGUUGGAGGCUCUAACAACAAAGAAGUUGGGAUGGGGAUGACUGUCCCUGUCUCCUUUGCUGUAUUCCCUCAGGAAGAUGGCUCUCUGCAGAAGAAAGUGAAGGUCUGGUUCCGGAUUCCAAACCAGUUUCAAGCUGAUACUCCAAUUCCCAGUGACAAUAGCAUUAAGCUGGAAGAGAGGGGAAGCAUCACUGUCUACUCCAAGCAGUUUGGUGGUUAUGCCAAAGAAGCUGAUUAUGUGUCUCAAGCAGCCCAGCUGCGCUCAGCUCUGGAAGGAACAGCAAACUACCAGACUGAUUUCUACUUCUGUACUGGAUAUGAUCCUCCCAUGAAGCCUUAUGGAAGACGUAAUGAGGUCUGGCUGGUGAAAAAGUGAGUCAUUGACUCACUGAGCUAAAGUCUUCCAGGAAAUGAUUUUUUAAAAAGUUAACUUAAUCGUAAAAAUUUCUACUGGAGAUUAAAACUCUGAAAAGAGAAUGUAGAUAAACAGCAUAACUUUCUGCAAAGUCAGUACAAUAUUAUAUUCUUCCAGGACUGUGGGUUUGGUUUUUAGUUUGUUUAUGAGGUUUCCUUUCUCUGGGUGGUUCAUUGUACAACUAAAAUAAAUACCAUUCUUAUGAUUAAAUUGGA